CCACUCGCAACGAUAAUCUUCAGAGUGACUAACGUCAGCCACCAUCACUAUCUCACCCCACUCUCUUUCGUUUCUGAAUACCUUCACGGUCUCUGGAAGGACUUCCAUACGUCACAGAGUGAAAGGGAGCUUUGAGCACGGCCAAUCCGGAACCGGGAAUAUUGAAGAGCUGUCGCAAAAGGGGCCAAAAUGUCAACAACGCUGGGGUCGUUCAUUGCCGGCGGAAUCGCAGCAUGCGGUGCGGUAACGGUUACCCACGGAUUCGAGACGGUCAAGAUCAGAUUACAACUACAAGGAGAGCUGCAGUCGAAGAAGGCAGCGCCACGGAUGUACAAGGGCGUAUUCCAUGGCGUUAAAGUCAUCCUUUCGAACGAAGGGCCCAGAGGUCUUUUGCGAGGAAUUAACUGCGCCUAUGUCUACCAGAUGACCCUCAAUGGCUGUCGAUUAGGUUUCUACGAGCCUCUGCGAGCAGGUGUUACGAAGGCGAUUUACCACGAUCCUACAGUACAAUCAUUCGGCGUCAAUAUCUUCUCCGGCGCUGCAUCAGGUAUCCUCGGAGCUGCAGCUGGCUCGCCCUUCUUCCUCGUCAAGACACGCUUGCAAUCGUACUCGCCAUUCCUGCCCGUGGGAACACAGCACAACUACACAGGCGCCGUCGACGGUAUGCGCAAAAUCUACACGAGCGAAGGGAUAAAAGGUCUCUACCGUGGUGUAGGGCCAGCGAUGGUGCGCACAGGUUUUGGUAGCUCGGUGCAGCUUCCAACAUACUAUUUUGCAAAGAGGCGGCUGGUGAAGCACCUUGGCAUGGAAGAGGGCAUGCCCUUGCACAUUGCCAGCAGUACAGCCAGUGGCUUUGUCGUAUGCUGCGUCAUGCAUCCUCCGGACACCAUCAUGUCGCGCAUGUAUAACCAGACUGGUAAUCUGUACAGCUCUGCAUUUGAUUGUCUGUACCGAACAGUCAAGACAGAGGGUAUCAUGGCUAUGUACAAAGGCUACUUCGCGCAUUUGGCCAGGAUCUUACCUCACACAAUCCUCACUCUUACGCUCGCCGAACAAACAAUCAAGAUCAUGCGCAAGGUCGAAGACCGGUUAGGAGUCUCCCCCCACGUGGAGGCAAAGAUCUAAGCCUGUAAUCGAACUAUACACUGUAUAACAUUUCCACGUUCGUCCACUUGCAUAGCGCGUUCGGUCUGGGCGGUGCAAUCAAGGUAUACAAUAUCUGGGUCUAUUUGGGGUAAAGCGGUUUAUUUGGAAGCGCUCGAUUUGGGGUGUUGAUAUUUGUCAAGGACCAAGACCUUUCUAAAUUCAGUCAUCAUAUGCUAGAGGGCCUCAGCAUGAAUGCAAA